AUGCUCUACGAUGCAGAUGCCAUAGCUCUCUUCCAUCAUUCAGUAUUUCCUCAAAAUGGGAAUGUGAAGUAUGAGGAGCCUGACAAGGAGCUUCAAAUGAAGAUAGUGAGAGAUUGCAAGGGAUUCCCAGUGGCUCUUAAGGUGACUGGCCACUCAUUGCAUCUGCAGCCUACCAGGGUGUGGCAACAAAAAGAGAGGAUGUUGUCAAGUUGCUCCAUUUUUAAGUCCCAUAGUGAUUUGCUGAGUUGUCUUGCAACCAGCUUAAAAUACUUGAAUGAGGAGGUUCAAGAAUGCUUUAUGGACUUGGGUUCCUUUCCUGAAGAUGAAAGAAUCCCGACUUCAUCUCUUAUAGAUAUAUGGGUUGAACUUUAUGGAAUAAAUGAUUGCAAGCUAUAA